GGCGGGGAUGUCAAGGCAAACAAAUUUUCCAAAUUCGCUACCGGUUAUCACAAUUAUUUCAAUUUUUCAUCAUUUUUGCGUUGAAAUCAUCAUAAUUAUCUCACGAAAGGGAUAUUUUUCACACAGUUGCGGAAGAAGCCAACGGUCGUGUUUGAAACUUGCUGAAGUUUGGAAAAUGGUUCAUCGUUCUGAUCUUUAUUUAACGCUCCUUAUGCUGUUCUGGAAAGUCGAAAGAAUGCAACUGGAGGAUGAGCCUUCUCGCCCGGUUAAAAUUAUUUCCUCUGAUCAAAACAGAGCCUAUUUCUCUUCAAACCUUUUACCCGACGGGAGUGCUCUACGAAAUACUGCAGUUGAAACGCCGCGGCCGUAUUUUGUUCUUAAAGAAUUGAUAUAUUAAACCCAUGACUGGAUCGCACAAAAGCAAAUACCGGAUGAUCGUGCUGGAUGAUGGAAAAGGUGGAACAAAUCGACGACGAUAACUUAAGGUUGCCAGAAUUUUUUCCACUCCCAUCCGGGCCUAGCAAUUCCGGGCAUUUUUUCAAAAAAACCUGGCAAAAUCCGGGCAUGGAUUUGAAUUUUUUAAAUCCGAAAACCUGGCAAAAACCGGGCAAAAUUUAGGUGUUAUUAUAUAUAAAAGCAAAGAAAACAUGCAAAAAAAAUUUAAAUUAAUUUUUUAUUAAUGUAAUUGCAGACUUCGAAAAACUGUUAGGAACACUUAAAUAUUUAAAGGUUUAUAAAAGUAAAUCAGCGAAAUUAGUUGAAACAGCCGUUGAAAAUUUCCAUACCGUUAAUCGAUUUUGCUGAAACUUACUCAAAAACUUUGAUUUUUUUUUGGUUUCUUUGUGAAAAUUGUGAAAAAAUCCGGGCAAUAUCCAGACUUUUUUCACGAUAUCCGGGCAACCGGACCGGACCGGACUUUCUCGAAAUUUUGCAUCAAAUAUCCGGGCAAACCCGGAUAAAACCGGGCAAUCUGGCAAGCUUACGAUAACUCCAAGGAAUCGCAACCGACGGUUAAACAUAAGCGA